UUUCAAUGAACACAAGUCUCUUUGAUUUGUCUGUGUAGGCUUUCAACAGCAAGGACGACUGAGACUAUAUACCCCAGCAGAAAUUGAUAUUACAGAUUUAAUUGGAAUGGCAGAAUCAAUAGAUCCCAACAUCCCAAGCGGUCUUUCCAAGCUGUUAUCCCAAGGAGAUACCUCACUCAACGGUGGUCAAACAGAGCAGGCAGUUAUCAUGUAUUGUAAAGCGUACGACUGGGAUUCCUGUGUUACUCAGACGCACCUAAGUACUUUAUCCCAGCAGUCAUUUCAAACCUUCGUCGGUGUACUUGAGGAUUACUGUUUGUGGGGGUUUGACACUGGUCGCCAUUUUCCCAUGUACAACAUCAACUUAACAGUAGAGGAGCUUUGUGAUUGGUUGACCAAAAGUAAUAUGAAACCAAAUUCACUUGUUGCCUGGGCGACCAAGGUUAAUAUUCAGAUGCACAAGAAUCGAUUUGCAGACGCCAUCGAAUCAUGCUCUCACGUGAUUCAAUUUGUGACCAAUAAAGAAGCAUCGUUUAUUCUCGCAAGGGCAGCCGCACACCUUACCCUAGGCCACAGCAAUGAUGCAGUACUUGACUAUCUCACAGCCUUUGAUAUCAACCCUAGAGCAACUAMCGACUACAUUCAAGAAAGACAAACGAAUGAUAUUCCUCACGUCAUUGAAGUGUUCUACAAUUUCGUGGAAAAGUUGAAGCAAAGUGAUGUUGACACUGAUUUGCGAUUAGUCGAGUGUUACAAAUUCCUCUUGAUGCUCCAGCCCGCUGACGUCACUUMCUGCUUACGCUGCGUAGCUGUCCUUGUGAAGAUGAACAAGCCUAAAGAAGCAGUAAUUCUCCUGUCAGAAGUCAUGGAUGUCGCCCAGCAGAAAGACGUCAUGUACAUAGCAUUACAAAGAGCUGAGAUCUAUCUUACCAUAGGAGAACACGAGCUGGCGUUACAUGACUACCUAACAGCCUCACGUAUCGACCAUCAGUUUACCCAAUCAGCGCUCCAGCUACUUCCACUGGCAAGCCAAACCAAGAUCACUGAACACGCCAAGUGUUUUGCUGAUAACAUUUUACAUCAAUAUCGCAGCCAAUGCAAGACUUGCGGCCCAUGCAGCAUCCACACACAUAUUGGUGAUAAUCAACUGAGUCUUGCCUGUGAUUGUUACUCUCUUUUAUUCUUGCUUGAUUCCUCCAACAUAGACGUCCUCAUUAACUCAGCUGAAUGUUUUCUGCAUCAAGGAAUGAAGGUAAAGGCAUUAGAGGUUUAUUCCAAAGCUAUCACCCAAAGCCCCGAGUCGACUAAGGCAUAUUGCCAUCGUGGUUUGUGUUUUGUGUCCUUGGAUGAUCUUGAGAGUGCUCUUAGGGAUUACAGUAGCGCUGUUGCCAUCAACCCGCGGGAUCUACGCGCACUUUGCGGAAAAUUCGCAACACUUGUUCUUAUGGGACAAUUUGAGCGAGGCGUUGGACUUUUGACCAAACUAGUCGACAAGAACGGACUACAAACAGUUGUUGAUAACAUCAGAGAAUUCUGCCUUCAGGAUAAUGGAUUUUGCAGACGUUUGACAGUGCUUUUAAAGACUUCUUUAGAAACAGCAGAUAUGGAAGAUUGUGAGGAGAGUCUCUAUACAGUCGGACAGCUCUUAACAAGACUUUUUCCCAACGACUUCAACUCUCACGUGGUGUACGCAGAGCUUUUGCUGUUAUUCCAUAGAAAUGAUGAAUCUCAAUCGAUACUUGUUCGUUUUGUUAAUAAUAAUCCAAGCAACUGCAAUUCAUCUGUUUACCUCGCGUUGCUGAAGAUGCGUCUUGGAAAGACUAGUAUUGCAAUUCGGGAACUUUCUACUAUUCUCAAAACAGAAGGCGAGACCAAGCUGACUGAAGUGUUCAAAGAAACAGAUCCGAAGGUUUUACGACUACUGGCUCGUGAAGCAUACAGGGAAGGUAUGAUAAAUACCAUGAAGGAGAGAAUCAUACUAUUCACAUUAGCGAUCGUUGCCAGUCCAUUGCAAGCUUGGAAAUGUUACUUUCAACGUGGAAAGCAGCAUUUUCUCAUCGGGAACCUUGAACAGGCGAUAGUAGACUUCACCAGAGCUCUUAACAUCAACUCAAGGCACAUCCCAUCGCAUUUGAUGCGAGCUUUGGUUCUCAUUCGGAAAACAGCUUGGCAAGAAUCGGUGAACGAUUUGUUAGCGGCCUUUCAAAUUGAUUCUGAGGUGUUGGUUCGAAUCAUCCAAGACCUUCCUCCACAAACAAAGAAGGAUCUACUUGACGUUUUGUUCUCAUGUGUUCAAAACUAUUUCGGUUUGUUAAGCUCGAGUGGAGUAAUGUCAGAAUUGUUAUUGCCGCUUUCUUUGCUUCUUGUCCAAAGUGACAGUUCUGUUGCAGUGUACCAUAGUACUUUAGCCGACGCUUAUUUCGUGUUGGGAAAUUAUAAAGAAGCGAUCAAAGAGCUUGAAAUCAUUGAUCAUAUAUCUCCAUCCUUAGACACCUUUGUCGUUGGUCAGCUCGGCCUCGCCAAUCUCAAAUUGAGCGACUUUUCAGCCGCUGCCAGUCUUUUCAGUAAAUUGUGUCAACUUGAUCCGGAAGGACUCGACGUUUUUCUUGAAACUCUGAACACAGAGCAGCGUCAAACGUUGACGCAGCAGGCUGUCAAUCAAGCAAAUGACUUUCUUACCUGUUCAAAGUUUAAAGAUGCUCUUUGUUUUCUGAACUUAGCAGUAGUUGCUACAAAGAGUCAGCGGAGUGACGUAUUGCGCAAGCGUUCUGAAUGCUGGGUUGGUCUCCAGUAUUACUCAAAUGCACUUGAUGACAUCACAAGGGUAAUUGAUUCAGGAAAUGUCUUGAUCACGGAUUACUGUUUGCGAGCAAGUUUGGGAGCACAACUCGGUGAGUUUGCUAGAGCAUGCGCAGAUGUGAUGAGGGCAAUGGAMAUGGACGAAAAGGUUGCUCUAGACACGUUCAAGAAGAAGUACCCGGAAGUACAACUUGGUAGUUUGUUUGUCAAAACUGCUUUUGGUCAGUACAGCUGUAAAUUAUACCAACAGGCUUGGAAAACACGUGCUUACGGUCUGAGGUGCGAUCCACGAAAUGAAGAAUUGAGAAGUAUGAAAGACAAGCUGGAAUCGUCACGACAUAGCUGUGUUUUACAGUAAAGACAAAGUAGUAAACUCUAUAAUUCUUACGGCAAGAGAGCUUCUGGCGUGUAUAGACGACCCUGGGAAGAAACCCACUACGCAUGCGUGUGUUGUAAAACAAAAUGCGGCUAAUGCAAAGGCAAAGUAUAUUUCUUAUGUACAUGGAAAAGGUUUUGUACAUASUUUAGUAGGGUGUUGAAAAUAAGAAUUAUUUGCCACUGUGAUAAGGAAAACCUUAACUUUUCAAUAUUUUUUUGCCAUUUUGCCAUUUUGUGAUUCAAAACAAAACUUUGCGCCAAGUAACCGUUCAUGUUCUGAGCGUGUCCAAUGUGUUUCUUUCCAGUGUCGUGUUAACACAAAAUCAUAGUCGUUUCCUAAAGAAUCAUGGCAAAACCAGUCAGCACUAAGAUAUGCUUAAAAUGUUGAUAUUUAUAAGAGCGCACCUUUAUGUUUAUUCGAUUAUUUASCUUUGCGUAGUUUUCAGUUGGAAUCUAAAUGACGAUUUUGGUUCAGAAUCCAGAAUUCCAUACRAUCCUCUGUGUUCUGCAGCGUCACCUGUCAACAACGCCUAGAAAUCCCAAACUACAAAUUUUGAAGUGCGUAAGACAUAGAUUUUACAAAGAAACAUCGAGUUCUGAGCGCAGCUCGCUUCGUAAGCCAGUUUUGCUACUUAAGCGAUCUCCCAAAAAGAGUCAGUUUGGUCGAGUGUGAUCGAUUCCCUGGGAGAGGUGCCUGCCAGCAAAUCGGGGGRAAAAUAUAUGCCACAUAUGCAAAUCGGAAGACUUGACAUGGACAAGAAUUGAUUUUAAGAUAAAAAAUUAAGAUUUUUUAUGCAGGAUCGAAUCGACCGCAGUGGAUUAUGGUUGAACUAGUUUGAGAUUUUGACUUUUGAUUUUGAUCUUUAUACCAGCAGCCUUGUUUAACCUCGUUACUUGUACUUUUAAUAUAAUGUUUGCAUCUUUAACUAAUACCUGUUGAGAUUAAAAUAUUAAAGAAUU